GACAAAACCUGACGACAAAACCUGACGACAAAACCUGACGACAAAACCUGACGACAAAACCUGACGACAAGAACCUGACGACAGAACCCCGCGACAAAAGUCGGUGACAAAAACCUGGGGACACAAUCUCGAAGAUUAGUGGUCAUCUUGUCUGAAAUGGCAUGUCACGGUCCUGCUGUUGCUGAUUUUCUCCUUGGGUCUGUCAAUUAUCUGCCGAUUUUAUCAUUCACCAAACAGGACAUCUGACGAAGGCUGUACUCACGACGUCUUUGUACAAACCUACUACCUCAAUUCUUCGAACAUGGAUUCACAAACGCGACGGAUUCCUCCAAACGAGUGGGAAAUUUGGAAAGCUACUAUCUUGGAUCUCACUCGCCAAAAAGCCAACACACGUAAAAAAGUAAUGGCUAUCAUGAAGGAUAAGUAUGGUUUCAACGCAAGCAUUUCACAAUACGAAUCGCAGCUACGUGCCUGGGGAUUUCGCAAGAACCUCUCUCCGGAUGAGUGGGCAAAUGCAUUUGAAAUUGUCGACAAACUCAAAUCCCAACACAAGGACACCAGGAUACUUAUCUCGGGCGAACCAGUUGACACCGCUAGGAUUCAGAAAUCGAGACGACUAUAUAACAAGGAGAAACACAAGAAUCCGAAUCGAACGAUGCAAGGACGCUCGGCCGGCCUACAGAACUCUUCUAUUGAGAUUAGAGGGAUUGAUGGAAAUUGGACCCCUUAUGCGAAUCCCGACAACGUUGUGAACCACGCGCAGAACCAAGCCCGCAAUGGUUUUGCUUCGCCAAUCGCUUCAGUUGUCGGCAACGCGACUACCAAGACUGGUCUCAGCGUUAAACAAGGGCCACAUGGCCAAGUGUAUGAUAAUGUUGAUGUUUUCAGUAUGGGAACCCCACUACCCUCAGACCUCUCGCACAUCUCUGGUUCUCAAGAUCUCAACGAACGUGUUAUCGGGGAAGAACCUUGGCCAAUGCUCUUCGACGUUCCGCAGCUUAGCCCGUCGAUGGUAAUAAGUCAGCAGCUCCCACAGCACGAGCCACCGAUGUUUGUUGACAUUGCCUUUGAGUCGCCCUCCUGGGAUUUGACAAAUUGGGCCAAGUCUCCCAGUCCACUGUUUUCACCAGUCCCUCCAGAAUUCUAUACCCGUGUGAGGGACAAUCUGGAAGCGUUGCCGUUUAAACAGCUUAUGAAAGAUCUUGGCCUUCUAGGAAACAAUCCCAUGAACCGAUCUCUCAACUUCGACAGUACCCGCUUCUCUGCUAUUCAGAGCCCUGUCACACUCUUCCAGGCAGAUAUCAUCUCGUCUAUGUCAGAAAACGACGCAAACCAGAGAGACGAACGGUCAUCAGAUGCGACCUACCUUUGGUCGUUUCUCAGAAGCCUGCUGCCUAACGUAGUUCUUCAAGGAGGUUGCGACAGCGGGGAGAGUCUCAUGACGGAGGAUGAGAUGCUUCAAACCAAUCUCAUUCCGAUCUUGUUGUGUUCAACCGCCGACGGCUUUGCCGCUCUCGAGGAUAUUCCUAUCCACAGCGUGCUCAAAUACUUAAGAAGAUGCGUGGAUAUCGAUCUGCUAUUGAAAGCAAGCCACAGUCACAUUGGGAAGGCAUUGGCAGAAAAUCUUUUUCGAGCAGCGAUUGAAGCCAAAGACAUGGGCGCCCUCAAGUGCUUGCUAGCCAUUCCUUCCAUUGACAUUAAUUCCAUUGUUUGCAUUGUCAAUGGCCGAAAGUAUACCCCCGUUGAGAGAGCUGCAAGUCUCCAGGAUCUUGGGAUAGUCCAAAUAUUCCUCGACGCUGGAGCCGAUGUGAAGAAGACAUGCGAUCUGAACCCCUUAGAUAGAGGCAUACUUGGAAAACUCAUCAAUAGCAUUGGCUGGAACGUAAGAGUUCCACCCGACGUUAUUGAAAUCGGCAAAGUACUGCUGCGAGCUGGCGCCAAACUGCAUCUUGAUAUCGUCAGACGAGCCUUGCAAGCCCACAACUGGCCUGGGCUCGCUUAUGCUCUUGUUUCCAGUGUAUCCGACUCUGACCACUCGGAGCUUAUUCGUGGUGGGUUUCUGAGUCUUAUCGCAGUACAUCUCGAUGACUGGCAAGCUACGCAGGCUACCAAGAAUAUUAUUAUGGCUUGCGAGCGGAUCAAAUGCCAAACAUGUAGGACCGAUUACAAAGGAAAGCUUGACUGGGCUUUAAUACAAGGUGCAAAACGCGGCCACUUGGAACUUGUUAGACUGCUUCUCCUCCACUCGAAAACUCCACACAGAGCCCUGAGCGGUGCAAUUAGAUCCGGCAGAAGCGAGGUAAUCGACGCUAUCCUCACUUUAAAACCAGAUAUCAAUGCUCCUGCACACAGCAUCGACGACGAAGAGUGGAAAUCGCAAGGCCGAGAAUCCUUUGGGACUACCACAACAUCAUACGCGGAGGCAAUUGAAGCCGGAAAUGAAAAGCUUGCUCUCGAGAUGGAGGGUAAAGGUGCUCUUGAGCUCCUAAGUGAGGGGAGACGAUUCGAACCUGCGAUCACCGCCGCAUCCAGAAUUGGCGAUAUCGUGUACGUUCGGAAACUUCUCAAAUGUUGUCCUUCCCCCACACCUUCCCAUAUGAGCAGUGCGGUGUUGUACGCUGUUCAAAAGGACCACGAGGAGAUUUUCCGGGCAUUACUUGCAGCUGGUGCCGAUGUUAACUCACCCAGCAAUCCAAUGCCAUCUCCUCCAGAUCCACUGUUUGCUGCUGUGUUGCGCAGAAACUCCGGCAUGGUCAGCGCUAUUCUGAGUGCAGAUGUAAGCGACCAAUACCAAUGGCGGCUUUACCGAUAUAAGGGUGUAGAAAGUACCAUUCUCGGAGAAGCAGUCAAAUGGGGAGAUAGAGUAAUCAUUCAGGACCUUCUAUCUGCUUUUCCUAGUGCUACUUUCAAGUAUAGAGGGCUUUGUCCCGUCCUGGACGAGGGAGAUAUGGCAGGAUUUGAGUUUCUACUCGGAUGCGGAGUAACUUCCAUUUCUGCUCUCACAAGUUGCCUUGAAAUUGGAUUGAGUCGAGGCGAUGCCGAACUGGUUCAGAAACUUGUGGAAAGGGGUGCAGAUCCCUCUGACCCAUAUGUCUUCGCCACAUGUGUAGACAAAUAUCCUGCAAUGCUACCGUUACUCUGCGAACAUAUAUUCUCUCGAAAGAGUCAUCACGUUGUACCUGGCUUUGGAACAGACGCUCUGAAGGCUGCAAUUCGACGUGGCCAGGCGGGACUUGCAGCUGUGAAACUCCUUCUCGGUACUGGACUCGUCGACGCGAAAAGCUUCUCCAGCGACUUGUAUGUUCAAGAUGAAACGCCGCUCGGACUAGCAAUCAAACUCAGUCGGAAGGGCCAUCACGCCGACUUUGAAGUGAUAAGGAAACUUCUUGACUAUGGCUGCGAUCCCAACAGCACCGUCACGCACGUGACUCAUACCAAACCUAACAUCAGGCAAACAGCCCUCCUGGAAGCCAUCGACACAGGAAGCACGGACUUGGUUAGACUCCUGAUCGAUAGCGGGGCAAGAGUCAAUCUUGAGGCUAAUUUGGGAUUGAAGAGAACACCCCUGCAAAAAGCGGUGGAGGUAGAUAGCCUCGAAAUUGUAACGCUGCUUCUCGAGGUGGGAGCCGACGUCAACGCCAGACCAGCGGAGCGUGGUGGAGCGACAGCUUUUCAACUUGCAGCAAUCCGAGGAAAUCGUAUCAUUGCCGCCAAAUUGCUCGAUUACGGGGCAAAUCUGCAUGCUCCACCAGCACCUAUCAAUGGUCGAGGGCCACUCGAGGGAGCAGCAGAGAAUGGUCGUGUUCAGAUGAUUUUCUUUCUUUGGGAGGUGAACAAAGGUUGGUUUGACAUUGAGGUGUGUCGAAGGGCGAUGGAAUUGGCAGAAGGGAACGGGUUCAUGGCGUGUAGGGGCGCGAUUGCGGAGCUGUCACAGAAAAGGGUGGCAACUUUGCCUGCACUUGACCAAUACUAGUCUUUAAGGAUAUAGACUCGAUUCUUGAUCUAAAAGUAAUCCUUCCGGUAUGCGUC